CCUCUUCUUCUCAAAGGUAUCCAGAGCGGUCAAGAUGCUCAAAAAGCGCUCCAUCUAGGCGUAGACGGCAUCGUGGUGUCCAACCACGCAGGACGUCAAGUGGACGGAGCGAUCGCCUCUCUCGAUGCUUUGCCAGAAGUGGUUCGAGCGGUAAAGGGCAAAAUCCCCAUCCUCUUCGAUUCCGGCAUCCGCAGCGCAGCCGAUGUUUUCAAGGCGCUAGCUUUGGGCGCCGAUUGCGUCAUGAUCGGAAGAUUGUGGGUCUAUGGAUUGUCCAUCGAGGGAGAGACGGGCGUUCGACAUGUCCUCAGAAGCUUGUUGGCAGAGUUGGACAUU